AUGGCCCAGUCUCGGGCCAAUGGCUCACACUACGCCCUGACGGCGAUUGGGCUGGGGAUGCUCGUCCUCGGCAUCAUCAUGGCCGUCUGGAACCUCGUCCCUGGCUUCGGCCCCGCCAACAAACCCACCGCCCACGCCGGGAACAGCAGCAAGCCCGACCGCGGCACUGGAGGCAUUUUGAAGAGCAAGACCUUCUCGGUGGCGUACGUGUUGGUGGGGGCGGGCGUGCUGCUGCUGCUGCUCUCCAUCUGCUUGAAUAUCCGUGAGAAGAAGAGGCAAAGCGAGGAUAUCACUCGCGUGCAGCACCAGGUGUCUGCCGAGCCCUCACACCAGGAGGACAGUCAAGAAGAGGACGAAGACGUGUCUUCCCAGUACUACGUCCCCAGCUACGAGGAGGUGAUGAACACAGGCUACUCUGAGCCCAGAGACUCGGACAGGAACAACAGGAUCAGCGUCUCCUUGCCCUCGUACGAGUCGGUGCGGAGGAUCAAGUCAGAGAAGCUGCACCUGAAGGACAUCAGGCUGAACCUCACGCAGGGGAACAGCACCGCCCCUAUCACGAUAGAGCCGCUGACCCCUCCGCCCAAGUAUGAGGAGAUCCAGGAGAAGGCACCGGACGGCCAGCAAAUGACUUAA